AUGCUUCGCUCGCUUAUUACCACCGCCUGCCUGGCCGCGCUGGCCACGGCCCAGAGCAAUGUUGUCGGUUCCGCUGUCGGUUUCGCUGCUGGUGUGACGGGAGGCGGCGAUGCCACGCCGGCCGUGCCUGCUGAUAUCGACGAGCUUACCAGCUGGCUCACUGAUGACGAGCCUCGGGUCAUUCUUUUGGACAAGGAGUACGACUUCACGGGGUCCGAGGGCACGAAGACCGAGGAUGGCUGCCGUCCGGACAGCAACACUUGCGGCAGCAGCGGGCAAGACGCGCUGAACGGACCUGACUGGUGCAGCGACAGCUACCCCACAGUGUCGGUCACUUACGACGUGGCGGCGACCAACCCGAUCGACGUCAAGUCCAACAAGUCGAUCGUAGGUGUCGGCGAGGCGGGGGUGAUCCGCGGCAAGGGGUUUCGGUUCGUCAGCGGGGCUCAGAACAUCAUCUUCCAGAACGUGCACGUCACGGAGCUCAACCCGCAGUACAUCUGGGGCGGCGACGCGUUCCAGAUGGCGGGCAGCGAUCUGAUCUGGCUGGACCACGUCAAGAUCUCGCUCGUGGGGCGGCAGAUGCUCGUGACGGGCUACGAGACGGCGGGGCGGGUGACGAUCAGCAACUCGGAGCUGGACGGGCAGACGUCGUGGAGCGCGUCGUGCAACGGCGAGCACUACUGGACGAUGCUGCUCCUGGGCGACGGCGACCAGAUCACGUUUGCCAACAACUACGUGCACGACACGUCGGGGCGGUCGCCCAAGGUGGGCGACAAGGUCACGCUGCACGCGGUCAACAACUACUUCCAGACCAACCAGGGCCACAACUUCGACGUCUCGGACGGGGCGCAGAUGCUCGUCGAGGGCAACGUCUUCGAGGACUGCAAGGCGCCCAUGAACAUCGCCGUCACCGGCGGCGUCUUCAGCGUGCCCGACAGCAGCGCGGCGGCCCAGUGCUCGAGCGCCCUCGGCCGCGACUGCCAGCUCAACCAGCUCACCGACUCGGGCGACUUUGGCAGCUUCACCGACACCACCGUCGUCGACUCCAUCGGCGCCGCCGACUCGGUCUGGGAGGCCAUCGCGGCUUCUGAAGUCGCCUCCACCGUCGUCGCUGGCGCCGGCAUCGGCAAGAUCUCUUCCUAG